AUGCGCCUCGACCACGCACGCCGAGCCGUCGUGCGCAACCUCCUCAGCGCCGCCGCCCUCACCGUCGCGCCGUCGCUGCCAGCCAGCGCCGACGCGCCGCCCACCUACUCGUUGAAGGGCCUCGCCGGCGCUCUGACUGGCGCCGAUGCGCCGCGCCCAGCCGAUCAACUCGGCGUCAUCGGCCGCGGGCAGAACCGCGACAAGAGCGGCCGGCUCAAUAGCUGUCCGGCGGACAAGAAGGGCUGCAUAAGCUCCUUCUCCCAGUUUGACGAGGAGUCGUACGUGCCGCCUUGGACCUAUCAGCCCGGCUUCUCGACGCAGGCAACCUCGCCGAACGACGCGCGGCGCGCCGCGCUGCGGGCCGAGGUGGGCGCCGCGGCGGUGGAGGCCGGCGAGACCAAGCCUGCCCCGAAGAGUCGCGAGGUCGCGGAGCGUGAGCUGAGGGCGGCGAUCGAGGCCGCCGCCGGCCGGAUAGUCGAGACGGGCGACCGCUACCUGUACGCCGAGUUUGAGGCGGGCGGCGGCGCGGUCGACGACGUCGAGUUUCUGUUCUCGCUCGACACGCCGAUCGUUGGCUACCGCUCCGCGCCCCGGCGGGGGGCGGACGACAAGCGGCAGCGGAACCGCAUCAAGGAGCUGCGGAAGGCGCUGAAGGAGGACGGCCCCGCCGCCGCCUCCGCCGCCGCUCUCUCUGCGGGUGAGGAGGUGCUCGAGGAUGACGACUUGCUCCGCAUCAUCCUCUCGGCUCUUGCUCCGGUCGGUGAUCCAUCGUCCGCAACCGCCGACGCGCUGCGAACUGCGGCAGCGCUCUCCAAGCGCUGGAGUGCUCUUGUGAAGCCAAUCACGCGGCGAUAUCUGCUAUCGCGCGCCGAGGCGCGGGUCCUGGCGCUUCCCACCUACGGAGUCCCUCCAGGAUCAUUUGCCAAAGUGAUGGAAUUCGCCAGCUUUCUCAAUGGCCGGCGGCGUGGCCGCAGUUGCGGACUGCCGGAGCAUAUCGCUCGAUCGGCCUUUCCGGAAUCGCUCUCCGUUCCGCCGGCCUUUGCUCCUGGCGUGUCUGACGCGACCGCCCUGGGUGCGACGCAGCUCAUCACCUCCUUUGAGUGCGGAGGCAUCCCCGCGCUCGUUGAAGGCGACGGCGGCGCCGAGAAGGUGAUCGCGUGCCUGACCCAUUUCGCGACUAAACAGAUGGUAGACUAUCUCGUGAUCUGCCCGAGCGGGCGCAUGCAGCUGUGGGUCAGCGCCCUCCAGCAGCUCGCCCCCUCGAUCCGCGUGCUCGUCAACCAAGGCACGCCAACUCAGCGGAAGAACGCUCUGCUGUCACAGCCUCGCGAUUAUGAUCUUCUGCUCACGCCGUACAGCCUCGCCAUCAAGGACACUCUGCACCUCUGCAAACUUCGAUGGAAAGUCGUCGUCUGGGACGACGGUCUGAGCGAGCUGCGGCGCGGCUUUCGCGAGGGGUCCCAGACCUGGGCACUCCAUCAAGGCGUUAAUAAAAGGGCCGCUGGGGGUGCGACAGUAGACUACAACAUCUUGCUGUCUCCGGCUCGCGUGACAAACGCGGACGACCUUCUCUGGCUGGUGCACAACCACCUUGGCGCAGCAUACGCAGCCUGCAAGGUUGGCCUCGACGCGCACGCAAUCGCGAUGCGCGUGAUAGUGCAGAAGCUUCGCCUGCUGGAGAUCGCGCCCGCUUCGCUGUGCACGGAAGUGGCGCGCGAGGCGUGGCUCGCAUCGCUGCAGCACAUCCUUGAUCAGGUGAGCCGGCCGACUGUGGCAGCUAGUGUGUGA